CUAUAUGUUAGUACAGGAAACUAUACAGUAGUCGCACGUUUACAAGACACUCUGUAUAAUUUUAUCGAUAAAACAACACACAUGUUGUGAAAAAACGUCAAGUCACAUCGCAUACCUAUUCAGUAUUGAACAAAAUUAAAUUAUGUUUAUAAAAUUAUAAAGUGACUUUAAUUUAUAUUAAAUUAAUAUUACAAUUGGUUAAUCAAGAAAACGAAAGAUGCGUUUAUACAGUAGAAGAGUUUCACUUCGUGAAUCAUUUAUUGAAAUACUAGCAAGAAGAUCAUUAAUUCCAAAAAGAGUCAAUAGGUUAAAGGGGAUCUAUCUUUUCCGAGCUGCAGUGAGACUGGUCUUGGAAUAUAUCGAAUGGUUAACCGAGAAGUCUGUAGUUGAAGAAGUCAGUGACGAUAUUACAAUUAAUAUUCGGAAGGCACAAGAAAAAAAACACGAAAAGAAAGCUCUUACUCUAGAGGAUCGUUCUUAUUUAUUAACGAGGCCAGAAGACCGAUCAUCGGACGACAGAAAAUAUAUAUAUGAAUUAUUUAAAAAGUUUCGCGUGUUCAAAAAAUAUCCUGAACAUUUGAGAGAAAUUUUAGCGGGGGUAUGCUUUUAUCAAUAUUUACGACCUGAUCGCGUAAUUGUGCGACAAGGUCGCGAAGCUGAAAAUCUUUACUUCAUUAUAAGCGGAGAAGUCGGUGUAUCGAAAAUAGUUGUUGAUCGCUGGACUGGUGAAUCGGAGGAGGUUGAUAUGGGCAUCCUGAGUUCUGGCGAUAUAUUCGGUGAAGUCGCAUUGUUGCAUGAAAUACCAAGAUCAGCAGCAGUAUUUACAAAAACCGCAGUAGAUUUGAUCCGCAUUCCUCGCUUGGAAUUCGAUGACGUUUUGCGGUCUUCUUUAAAAAAAGAGUGGGACAUAUUGCAGGAUGCGUUAAUACAUUUCAAUUAUUUUAAAUGUUGGGACGAAGAAACAAUACGAGAAUGUUGUAUACUCAGUAAAUUAAAGGAUUUUCAACCUGAUGAGGUUUUGUUAGGUGAUGGUAAAGGAAUGGUGAAUCAUGUCCAUUUCCUAUUAGAAGGUGAAUGUCGUCUGAUAGAACACAUGAUUGUUCGUAAAACACAUUCUGUUUAUGGAACUGAAUACGAAUUAUACGAUCCUGAAAAGGAUAAUGCAAAGAAGGAACCCAGAUUAUUAAGGAGCUUAGAAAUGGCUACAAAGAUGAACGAAUUGGAAUACGAAUAUGAAACUACCAAAGCAAAUGGCAUAGACGAUGCUAUCGACGGAAGUCGAGAUUUCAUAGAUUAUGCACAGCUCUUACUAUCAUCGAAAGCAACUGAUAAGAGAAUGGAUUUUGAACGUUCAAGCGUCAUUACAACUACAUUAUUAGACGUCAUCAAUGAAUGGCAAAAAAUUACGGAUGUAGCAGAAAUGUUAAUGAGAGAACCUUCAUCAACCUCUCAGCAACGUUAUCCGACUGACGUACGUACAAUAUUUAUGCAAGUUUGUACGUUUAACAGGGGUGCGUGUUUCGGCUUAGGAGAAAAUAUGGUUAAUCGAAGAAUAGUAGCUACUUCAUCCGUAAGAUGUUUUUUGGUUCCACGGUAUUGGUUGAGAAUUCAUAAUCGUGCAAAUAUUUGGGAACGCGUAAAGUUGUUCUUGGAUUCCAAAUUUCCUACUGAGGGGCAAUUAUUUGAAAAAUUUGUAACGAAUCGCAGAUGGCUGGAGUACAAGAAGACUUUAAUUGAAGAUAUAGGUAGACAAGGUCGACGUAUUCAUAGCAAUGUAACAAUACAUGAUGUUCCUUAUGCGAUUAGGAUUGCCAACGACAUAGGCAUGGAAAUGUAGUCCUACGAUUUUUUAAUAAAAAGACUGCAGAUGUUUAUGUGUUUAAAUAUGUAAGAAAGACAUAUGACAUCUGUAAUAUAAAAUAUACACACA